ACCGGUCACAGUUUCUCUCCGGAGCCAUAACAGAGUGACACAGGAGGGAAAAAGAAAGAUGGCAGGGGCUAAAUCAGCGCUGGUGUUGUGCAUGGAUGUGGGGUUCUCCAUGUCCAACUCUGCCCCGGGUGAAGAGCCUCCCUUUGAACUCGCCAAAAAAGUCAUCCAGAAGUUUGUCCAGCGUCAGGUUUUUGCUGAGACUAAGGAUGAACUGGCUUUAGUUCUUCUUGGCACCGAUUCCACCAAAAACCCUCUGGCCCGGGACGGCCAGUACCAGAACAUCACCGUCCACCGCAACCUAAUGAUACCAGAUUUUGACCUACUGGAGGAAAUUGAGAAUCAGAUCCAGCCAGAGAGUCAGCAGGUGGAUUGGCUGGAUGCGCUUGUUGUCUGCAUGGAUCUCCUUCAGACAGCAACCAGUGGGAAGAAGUACAAUCGUCUCAACAUUGCCCUCCUGACUGACCUCAGCACCCAGGCCAGUUCAGACCAGCUGGAUGUUAUUAUUGACAACCUUAAACAUGCUGGCAUCACCUUGCAGUUCUUUUUGCCGUUCCCUGUGGAGGAGGAUGAGGAGGGUGGAGGGGAUGCAAAUGGAAGGGGCCACAGUCACCCAGGGACAGGCAAAGGUCUAUCUGGGGAACAGAGGCAGGGCCUGGACAUGAUGAAACACAUGUUGCUAAGUCUGGAUGAGGAGGACGGUCUGGAUCAAAUUUAUACAUUCAGGAAUGCAAUCGAGCAGCUGUGCAUGUUCAAGCGGAUUGAGAGGAGACCCAUGGCCUGGCCCUGUCAGCUGACGAUUGGCAGCUCUCUGUCCAUACGUGUUGUUGGGUAUAAAGCUGUGACAGAGGAGAAGCUGAAGAAGAUGUGGAUUACAGUUGAGGCUCAAACCACCAUGAAAGAGGACGUGAAGAGAGAGACUGUCUACUGUCUGGAUGAUGACAACGAGACAGAGGUGCAAAAGGAUGAUACCAUUCAAGGUUUUCGUUAUGGAAGUGACAUUGUUCCCUUCUCCAAAGUAGAUCAAGAGCAGAUGAAAUACAAGCACGAUGGGAAGUGCUUUGCUGUUCUGGGCUUUACCAAACAAAGCAUGGUACAUCGUCAUCAGUUCAUGGGAAGUCAGGUCAUCAAGAUGUUUGCUGCCAGGGACGAUGAGCAUGCAGGAGUAGCACUGUCCGCUGUCAUCCGGGCAUUGGAUGAGCUCAAAAUGGUGGCCAUUGUCCGUUAUGCGUAUGACCGACGCAGCAACCCUCAAGUCGGAGCAGCUUUCCCUUGUAUCAAGCAGGACUAUGAGUGUCUAAUGUACGUCCAGCUGCCCUUCACAGAAGACCUCAGACAAUUCACAUUUCCUUCUCUUGAAAACAACAAAAAGUUAACUCCAUCAGACACUCAGCUGUCUGCUGUGGACUCUCUGAUUGACUCCAUGAUGUUGGUGGAGGAAGAUGAGAAUGGAGAACAAAAGGACAUGUUCAAGGUCCAUCACAUUCCAAACCCUGCCUUCCAGAGACACUUCCAGUGUCUGCAUCAUCGAGCAGUAAACCCCGGUACCCCCCUUCCCCCCAUGGAGCCGUGGCUGAAGGCUGCUCUUGAGUGCCCUGAGGUCAUUAAUGAACGUUGCCGAGCUCCACUAGAGGAGAUGAAGAGGAAGUUUACUCUAACAGAAGUGGAGAAGAAAAAGAAGUUGAAGACAAGUGCUCAGAUUUUUGGCAAAGACUCUGAGGAGCCGGAUGCCAAGAAGGUAAAAGGAGAUGAAGAGGAGGAGGAGGAGUAUAACCUGGCUGACAUUGCUGAAGGCUCUGUUACUUCGGUGGGAAGCGUGGAUCCAGCCCGAGACUUCCGCACUCUGAUCAAGCGGAAGAGUAUUCCAUUUGGAGAUGCCUGUCAGCAACUGACUCACAGGAUAGAGCAGUUGCUUAGCAACAAGAACACACAGUACUACAUGAAAAGCAUCACCUGUAUCCAGGCUUUUAGAGAGCAGUCCGUUAAGCUGGGAAAUGCUGAUCUGUACAAUAGCUAUCUCCAGUCCCUGAAAAGGAGCAUCCCAAACAGAGGGCUGGAGGUCUUCUGGGACCUGCUUGUUCAAGAUGCCAUAACUUUGAUCAGCAAGGACGAGGUUGAAGGAAGCAUCGUGUCCAAAAACGAAGCUAAUCAGUUUCUGAUUGCCGAGGAGAAGAAGGAAGAGGUGGCUGCUCCACCAGCAGAAGACACAGGAGAUGUUGAUGACUUGCUGGACAUGAUGUAAGAAGGGAGGCAAUGGGAGUGUCUGCAGUGAACAUGCAGAGAAAUGAGAAGAAUGCUAUAAUUCAUCCCGACCAAACCAAACCAAUUCAGCCGUCCAUUGUUCUGCCUCCAGCUUGGAGACCCCUGAUACUUUGCAACUGGUGAUAUUGAGUAACUACAUGCAAUACUGCACAGAGAAGUGUUUACUUAACUGUUGUUUACACCCGUACUGUUUUAAGAAGACGACUCUUGUGUUUAGCAUUUACCAAAAGUGUUUAGGGCUUACAUAUGUUUUGUCUGAAAUGUCUAAUCUCAAAGUAAAUUUUAUGAACGUCCUGUUAUAAUU